ACUCUGUCGGUGCCAGUGGCUGCCCCUUGCAGGGUCAGUCCGGAAACAGUGGUUGCGAGGAUGGAAAGGAAAAAGUAAACGCGGGAGCCCGGUGCAUGAUUCUAGGGCGUUCACGAGGAAGGAUUGAUUGGCGCCCGGAUGGCCCGAGCCAGGCAGAAUGCUGCGACGCUUCAACUACUUUUCUGCAGCCAGCUUGCAUCACUGCCAGUAUCACUGCCUGGUGCCGAACUAUCAAUCGCCAAGGUAGCUGGCAAUGCCUCGGCGCGGAGCCUACGCUCGCACCGGAUGCAGACUGGUAUGAUUGUGCGUCUACUCUGUAGUCCGUCGCUGCAUGCAACGAUGACGGCGGUAGCCUCCCUUGUUGACCCUUUCAUUCUAAUCUAGCAUGUGUCUGUCACCUCCCGCCUUUGAUUGGCCGGCCGCGUCCCUGCGGGAAAACUCUUGCAGGACCCUGCGAGUCCCGGCCGGACUGGCCU